AUGGCAAAAGAAAUUGAGGAGUAUUUUGUAAAGCGGCUUUAAACAUAUCUAUUAGAAUAUUUUUAAGAUUUUUCACAAAAUAAUAUGAAAAAAGUAAAUAAAUCAACAUAUGUUCAAAGUUUUCUUUAGGCAUUUCUUCAAAUAUUAAAUUGGAGAAUCUAUAAAUUAAGAAAUAAGCAUUACUAAAUUUUUCAUUUCCAAUGUACAUAAUAGAUGGAAAAAUAAAUAAUAUUACAAUUAAUGUAUUUGAGAGUAAAUAUUUUAGAUGCCUCUUAAUUACAAGGCCCAAUAACCAGAAAUGAUUAUUGAAGGAAUAAAUUUAGAAGUAUGUACAAUAUAAGAAGCAAGUCUAUUUGUUUAAAAUAAAGAUUAGUAAAGUUAAUAAGGAGUAGAGAAUUUGAAAUAACAUAAAUUAAAAAUUUGGGAGGAAUAAAUGGCAAAGUAUUUUGAAUAACUCUCUCCUCCUAAUUGGAUUUAAAAAAUAGUAGAUGGAAUAUAUAAUAAUAUGUCAGUAUAAGUGAAAUCGUUUUAAUUACGAUUUUAUAAUUAUUCAAUUUUUGGUUUUGAAACAUAAUUAAAAAUUAGAGCUGAUAUAUAUAUAAAAGCAACUGACAAAUAAUUUUAAUAGAAAUUUAAUGGUGAUGUUAAUGCAAUUUAUAAAUUAAUAGAAAUAAAAAAGUUAGGAAUAAUGUAUGUAAAAGUAGCUAAAAAAAAAGAAGAAGAAUAUUAAUUAUUAAGUCCAAUAGAUAUUUCAAUUAAAUUAAUAAUCAAUAAGAAUUAAGAUGAAUAAGGUAAACCAUUAUAAAAUUUAACAAUUAAUAUAGAAACUCCUGUAAUAUUUUAGUUAAAUAAGGAAUCUAAAAAUUAUUUGUUAAAAUUAAAUGAAGUACUUUAAAAUUUGGAAAUUGUUUAAGAUAAUUUUCAUUUUAGACCAAAAUGUGAAGUAAAAAAUAAUUAUGGAGAAUGGUGGAAAUAUUUAAUUAAUGCAGUUAUGUAAAAUUAGAAGAAUCACAAAUUAGAUUUAGGAUAUUCAUCAAGAAGAUUAGUUUUAAUGAAGAGAUAUAUAGAAUUAUAUAAAAGAAAAUAAACAAUAAUUUUAGUACCUUGGUUGACAUGUUGGACUAUUUAAGAUGAAAAUAAAUUUAAAAAAUGUGAAGAAUAAAUGUCUUUAAAAGAUUUAUUAAAAUAUAGAGAAUGGGCAUUUUAAGAGAUUAGAAUAGAAGCUAAGAGAUAUUAUAAUUCUUCUAAAGAGGGAUAGAAUAAAUAAAAUGCAAAACCUAUGCUUGAAAUAUUGAAAAAUACUAUAAAUGAUUAAUUUGCUUUAAAAGAUUAAAAAAAAAGGGAUGAUGAUGUACCAGUAGAAUUAGAAGCUGAAGAAAAAAUUAAUUUAUAUGAAAUACUUGAAAGAGAUAAAACAUAAGUUCUUUCAAGUUAUUUAAAAGGUUAGAAUAAUGAUCCAGAUUAAAUAAAAACUUAAAUUUAUGUAGGUGUUCAUUCAAUAUUUUUAAUUAUUUUAGAAUGUCGUCCAGCAAAUGUUGCUUAAUAUUGUCCUAAAAAUACUAAAAUAUUUUCUUUUUGUUAAUGUAAAUUAUGUAUUUAAUUAAUUAAAAAGCCAAAAAUUGAUAAAUAAAAACCAUCAAUUUUUAAUUAAAAUAAUUCAAUAUCUGAAGUUGUUAAACAAACUUAAAGAUAUAAUGAUGAUGGAUCAUUUCAUACUGCAAAAGAGAUAGAUAGUUUUUAUGAAGAAAUUGAGGAUUUAUAGAAAGAUGAUUUUUAAGAAAGUUAAGAAUAAAAAAAUAUUAAUUCAUAAUAAAAAUAAAAUUUUGAUUUCAAUAGAACAAAUAAAUUAAUUUUAAUUGUUAGUUUAAUAGGAAUUAAAGUUCCAGUUUCUAUUUAUCAAAAUGGUAGAUUAAAAACAAAUGAAAAUGAUAAUUCUACAAUAGUAAUAGGUGAAAUUAAAAUAUUAGCACCAGGUAUGGUAUCAAAAUUAAUGGAAUUUUAAAAUAAAUAUGAUGAAAAUAUUGAAAGUCAAUCACCUUUAUUUAAAAAGAAGGAUAAUUCUUAGAAAUAAUAAAAAGGUAAUGAAAAUUAAAAAUAAAUUAAUGAUUCAAGAAUUAGAAUAAGUGAAUUUGUAAAUGAUAUUUUUGAUGUAUCAGUAACAAAAGAUUAAUAAUAUUUUUAAGAUAGUGGUAAGUGUUUUGAAACAUUUUGUGAAUUUUUAAAUUAAAAUUAAAUGAGAAAUGUUUCAAGUUUUUUAAUAGAUUAUGAAAAUGAUAAACAUGGAUUUUAAGAUUUUGGAAUUGAAUAGUUUAAAAAUUAUGAUUAAUAUUUUGUAGUAAGUGAUGAUUAAGAUGAAACUGAUCAAGUUAUGUUAUUACAUGUUAUUAAAUAAUAAAAAAAUGGAAAUAAAUGGUCCUUUCUUAAAUAAGCUGCUUUAUAAAAUUAUGAUAAAUCAAGUUAAUAUGAUAAUGAUAAUUAAUGGAUUGGUUGUUCAAAUAAAAAAAAAUUUUUAGAUGAAGUUCAUAAUAAACUUAUAGAUAUAAUUAAAAAAUCAUUAUUUGCUCCUUUUUUAGAAGAAUUUGGUGAUAAAAUUAUUCCAUAAUGUAUAAUAAAUUUGAAAGAUAAAUUUACAUUUCCUGUAGAUUCAAAAAGUUAUAAUUUAUCUAUUUAAUUAUAUUUAGAAGGAGAUUAAUCUAAUUAUAAAAUAUCUCCUUAAAUUGAUAAAAAGAAAAAAGUUUCAUCUUAACAAACAUUAGAUGAAUAAUCAAAUGAAUAAAUAUCUAUAAUACUAAGAAAAUUUUCAAUAUUUAUUUCAUCAAAAAGUUUGAGUUCUUUACUUGAUUUUACAUAAAGUAUGGAUAAGACAUCUUUAAGUUAAGGAUAAUUAUAUGUUACUUAAGAUCAUAAACUUUUGGAAUGUAUUUUAAAGUCUAAACCAUUAGGAUAAGAAAAUACUAAACCUCCUGGAAUGAAAUUUUCAAUUUAAUUUGUUGAUAAAUUAAAAAUUAGAAUUGUAUCUGAUUAAAUAUCUAAUAUUAUUAAAACAGAAUUAAAAUUUUAAAUUAAAAAUCUUAAUUAUUCAACUGUUAAAAUUGAUGAUUUAUUUUAAAAUAUUGUAAAUAAAUAUGGAUAAACUUUGUAUUAAUAACAUUAUAAAUAUUUUUCUGCUUUUAGAUUAACAAUUGAAUAAUUUAAAAUUGCUCAUAAAUAUUUUUCAUAAGAUUACAGAAGUAAAAAUGAAGAAUUAAGAAAUUAUGAAAAAGAUUAAUCUGAUGACAAAAAAUUAGGUUAAUCAUAAAGUAAAUUUCCAUUUUCUAAAUAAACAUCAUCAUAAUAAUAAUCUUAAACUGCUGAUACUAAAAAUUAAUAAAAAAGUUAAAAAAAUUAAUAAUAACAAAAAUCUAAAGAUCCUAUGUUUCAUAUUAAAGGAAUCAAAUAAACAAUAUUAAAAACAUAAAUAGUAGCACUUAAAUUUUAAGCUAAUAUUGAAAAUCAUGCCUUAUUGACAGAUUCUAAAUUAUAUGUAUAAAUUCCAUUCUUAAAUUUGAGAAUCAAUGAUUCCUGUAUUUCUUUUAUUGAAUUUCUUUAAAUCUUAAAAAAUAAUAUUAGAGUUAAUUAAAAUCCAUAAUAGAAACAUAAAAUAGCAUAAGAUAGUCUUUUAAAAGCUGAAUUAGAUACUUUAUUUCAUGAUCAUAAAGAAUAAAGUUCAGAUUGUAAACACUGUAUCUUAAAAUAUAGAAAAACUGUAGAAUUAACAAAUAUCUUAUUUGGAGUCAUAUCAGAAAUUACAAAAAGUUCAGAUGUUCCUUGUUGGUUUCAUAUAUUACAUAAUGAAUGUCAAAAAUUAGGAAAUAAUUCAAAUUUCUCUGUUAAACGUAAAAAAAAUUAAGGAAUAAAAAUUACAUUUUAAAGUACAUAAAAAAUGACUAAUAUUGGAUUAUAUAAAUCUAUUAUAGCAUUUCCAAUACUUGUUAUUACUAGAGAUAUAGGAUAUUUCAAAGAUAAUAUUAUGAUUCAUUGUUCUGCAUCAAAAUAUAAAGAAAAAGGUGUAAAUAUUAGUAAAUAAAGAUUUGAUUAAGAAAGUGAAUAUAAUUAAUUUGAGAAAUAAAAUUAAAAAGAUAUAUCAUUUUAAAAAGGAUAAUCUGCUUAAAAAAAGGAUAUUAAUUAAGAAUAUAUAUAAGAUGAUACAAUGAAAGAAACAAAUUAUGUUUUGAUUUAGCCUGCUUUUAAAGUAAAAGAACCUCUUUUAUUUUGGUAAAAAUUAGAUGAUAAAUUUAUAUUUUAUUGUAGAAGCAAUGAAAAGGAUAUGUUUAAGUUAGAUUAUUAAAAAGAUUAUGAAGAUAAAUCAUAUGAAAUUAAUAGUUUAAUUUAAGAUGAUGAUUAAAUGAGAUAAAUUGAUCCUAAUCUUUAUAUAUUACUUUAUUAUAAUAAACCACUUAGAACAGAAUUAAUCUAAAAUAAAGAGAAUAUUUAAAGAAAUGAAAAGAAUUCAAAAAAAAAAAUAUUUUUUUCUUUAUAAAUGAUUAAAGCUAUUUUUCAAAAUUAACAUGCUGCUUGUACUGUUUUAACUACUUUAUAAAAUAUUAAUAAAAUUUAAUCAAUUAUAAAGAAAGUAUAAGAUAUUGUUAAUUAUGGUUAUAAAUUAGAUGAAAAUAUAGAGAAACAAUAAUUAUAAGAUAGUCCAAUUAAAUUAUUAGAUGAAAUGAUUAUCUCAGCUAAUAUUUCAAAUAUAUAUUUAAAGUCUAAUGAAUCAUUCUUUUAAUUAUCUUAAUUUAAAAUCAUAUUAAAUCUAGAAUAUAUGAGUUAAAUUUAUAAUAAUGCAAAAUCAAGUUUUCAUAACAAAAAUUCAUCAAGUAUAAUUAAUUAAGAACCAUUAUCAAAGAUUAAAAGUAAUAUUACUUAAUUAUUUCCUACUGAUGAUUUAAUUAUAGUAAAAUGUCAUUCAAUUAAAUUCAAUUUUAAUUUAGUCUCAAUUAUUGAUGUAAAAUUAAUACAAGUUUAAAAGUUUUCAGAUGCAUUAUUAUUAUAAGUAGAAGAUAUUUAAAUAAGUAUUACAAAUAAUUUAAAUAAAUAAAAAGAAAAUUUAUUAACAAUGCCUAAAAGAGAUAGAUAAACAUAAACUAAAUCAGGAAUUCAGUUUGAAUAAAAGAAAUUUGAAAAACCUUUGGCUAUAUGUAUAAAAUUAGAAUUUUAAAAUCUAAAUCCAAAAAUAAAUAUCUCUGUUCAUUAAGGUUAAAUUUAAUUAUCUUAAUAAAGGGUCUAAGAUUUAUUAAUAGGAUUGAAUAGUUUUUAUCUUUUAAACAUAGAAGAAUCAAUUUAUUUAAGGCAACAUCUUUUAAAAUAUAUUUUCUUAUAAGAAUUAGAAAUUAUGGGAUCUGAUCCACCUAAAAUUAUUAAUCUAUUUAUAUAAGACAAAGUAUAGAGAUAAUAAAGAAUGAGUUUCAUAUUGGAAUUGAAAAUAGAAGAAUUUUAAGUUGUGCUUUAGGAAAAGGAUAAAGAGUUUUUCUUUUUUGAAUUUCAUAAAAUUUAAAUGAAAAAAAAAUUAAAUUAAGAAUUAGAAUUAAAAGUUGAUGAUUUAGAAUUGAAACCAUAACCUUCUAAAGGAGAGAAUGUUCAUUAUCCUAAUUUAAUUAAAAAAAAUGGAGAUUAACCUAUGAAGAUUUUAUUAGAGAAUAAUAUAAUUCAUUUAGAAAAUGUGCAAUUUUAUAUGAUUUCAAGAUUUUUAAAUGAAUUAGAUGCUUUUAAAUCAGAAAUUGAAAAAAUAAUAUAAAAAAAUAAAGAUGAAUUAUCAGAAAAAUAUCAAAGUGAUUUUGAAUUUUAAAUGCAAUUAAAAUAAUAAGAGAAUUUUGAACUUAAUAAAGAGUAAUUUAAUUAUUAAAUUUUAAUAAAGAAUUCUUAAAUAAUAGUUCCAUAAUCUUCUUCAGAAAAAAAUUAAGUUAAAAUUUUAUUUUAAUAAGCAGAUGUAAAGGUUAAUAAGGAAAAACAAUUAUCUAAGAUACCAGAAAUAUAAGAUGAUAAAAUUGAAGUUUUAGAAUAACAAAAAUUAUUAGUAGAUUAUGAAGAUAAAUAUACAAAAAUUUCUGAAAAAUAAUUAGAAUUUUAAGAGAUUUAUAUAACUGAAAUAAAAGCAAAUUUUAAAAUGGUUGAAGUUGAUUAUGAAAUGUAUUGUGAUUAUGAUGAUUAAAAUCCUAUUAAGGGAAAUCUAUUAAAUGCAGGUAAAUAUUAUAUAAUUUAUGAAUUUAUUUAGAAAGUGUUGGAGUAGAAAUGAAUUUACCAAGUUUUGAAUAAUUUUUAGGAAUUAGUGGAUGGAAAUAUAAAGAUAGUUGUAUUAUAAAACCUGAAAAUUUAAAAAUGAAAUUAGAUUUAGGUAAAUUAAUGAAAAUUUAAAGCUAUAUUGAUUAAAAUUUAUCUGAAAAAUCAAGUCUAUUUGAAUUUCAUAAAUCUUCUCUUUAAAAAAUAAACUUUGAUGUAAUUUUUAUUAUUAAUUAAAUAAGCUUGAUUUAAUUUAAACAGAAGCAUCUUUAACUAGAUAUGGUUAAGUAGAAUAAGAAAAAUUAGAGAAACAUAAAAAUGCAAAAUUGUAUGAAACUACAAAACAUAGAUAGAGUAAAUAAUUUAAUAAUCAUAAUCAAACAAAAUAAAUUAAGAAAUAAAAUUAUGAUUCUUGA